UAACCGGUUCAACAAAUCACCUAACCUUAAUGUUCUAAGUCGCAAUUCAAGUAAUCACAGUUGUACAUAAUGGCGAAAAUUGAUAAUAUUCUUUUAAAAACCAAGUUUCGAGGGUCGAUGCUGGGGUCCCUCGUCGGUGACUGCCUUGGAGGACCAUUUGAAGGUGAUGAAUUCACACAUGGCAUCAUAAACACAGUUCAAAAGUGUUUUGAUAAACUAGAUGGACCUUAUUUUAAAUCUCCAUACAGAUCUUACUCAGAUGAUACUGUGAUGACAAAAGGAACUGCUCAAACACUGAUUGACAAACCUGCUGUUGACUACAAGUACAUGGCUCAGUUAUAUGUCCAAGAGUAUUUCAAGGAACCCAAGCGUGGAUAUGGGCAUAAUGUUGUUGAAACAUUCAAGAAAUUAAAGCACACCAAUUUUGUUGAUAUUUAUUUGCCUGCCAAAGAGCAGUUUAAUGGGACUGGAUCAUUUGGAAAUGGAGGUGCUAUGAGAAUAAGUCCUAUUGCAUUAUAUUUUCACAACAAUUAUGCUGGAAUGGUGGAAGCAGCAAAGAAAUCAACAGAGAUUACACAUACACACCUGCUGGGUAUAAAUGGGGCUUUGUUGCAAUGUAUUGCCGUUCAUCAGAGUUUGCAGGCUGAUCCAAAAGUGUCUCUAGAUGUUUACAAGUUCUUGGCAGAUUUAGAUGAAAAAAUGAAGCAAAUUGAAGACCGUAAUGUACCGUCCAGAAAUAGUGAUGAAGAUCCUUUCCCUUACAAAACUCAACUGCAGAUGAUUAAACAAUUAUUGCAAGCUGACAAACCUGACGAUCCCAUUAGAAUUGAGGAAAUCAUCGGGGUGCUGGGUAACACCGUGAAUGCACUAUAUUCUGUGCCAACUGCAAUAUAUUGUUUCCUUAAGGCGCACACUGGCUUUCCUGAGGUCAAGUGUGACAAUAUUUUUCGCCGUGCAAUUCAAUACGCAUGUGCGAUGGGUGGUGACACCGACACCAUUGCGUCAAUGGCUGGUGCAAUAACGGGCGCAUAUUACGGCGAAGAAAUAAUUAGCGAGAACUUAGUUAAGCAUUGCGAAGAUCACAAAGACAUUUUAAAACUUGCUGAUCAAUUAUUUGAUGCUUCUCAAGCGCACACUGGCUAAAUCUUCAGGUUUAAUUAUUUAUUAAAUGUAAAUAAAAAUUUAAGCGUUUAGUUUCUCGGUUUAGCAUACGUUUGGCGAUCUUAAAGUUAAAAGCAAUGUACUACACCAACCCUAGAUUCAAUUGAAAAUUUAUUGACACAAAUAAAGUAUAUAUAAGUAAACGUAA